AUGAAGAACCCGAAAGUUUUCUUUGACAUAUUGAUUGGAAAGAUGAAGGCGGGCCGAGUUGUAAUGGAAUUAUUUUCUGAUGUGACACCGAAAACUGCUGAAAAUUUUCGGGCUCUUUGCACUGGAGAUAAGGGGAUUGGAGCAGCAGGGAAGCCACUGCACUUUAAGGGCUCUACAUUUCAUCGCAUCAUCCCGAAUUUCAUGUGUCAGGGUGGAGAUUUCACAAGAGGUAAUGGGACUGGAGGGGAGUCGAUUUAUGGCACGAAAUUUGCAGAUGAAAACUUCAAGUUGAAGCAUACAGGGCCUGGAAUUUUAUCCAUGGCCAAUGCUGGACCAAACACUAAUGGUUCCCAGUUCUUCAUUUGCACUGACAAGACCCCUUGGCUCGAUGGAAAGCAUGUCGUGUUUGGAAAAGUUGUAGAUGGCUAUACUGUCGUUAAAGAGAUGGAGAAGGUGGGUUCAGAUAGCGGGACAACUUCUCAACCUGUUGUUAUUGAAGAUUGCGGUCAGAUAAAAGAUGAGAAUUGA